UUUCUAUCGAGGGGGUAUUCAAGCACCGGCCCUUAUUUAUUUUUAUGUUCUGUUCACACGGGCGGCUAUUCAAACAGGCCCUUAAUCAAGAUCGGAUGGUAAAACGAGCAUAUACGGAAUGUUAAAUAAAGCUGCACCCGCGGUUUCACACAGUUAUUUGUAUCCUGGCCCUCCUGUAUUAAAGGUUGCAUACCCCUGAUCUAAAUCAUGGAAUGUCAAUCAUAUUUAUCAGGUUUCUUUUGCGGGCAAUGCUUUUGCUUAUUUGUCUUGUGAUCGAUUAGCAGUGCUGCAUAUUUGUUGAGCUCCAGGCAAAUUUCAUAAUAUGAUUAAAUUUACCCUAUUUCAACUAAUAAUUUCUUUUUAUGAUAAAUUAUUCACUUAUCAAUGUUUGACCCAGUCAUGCAUUUUUUGGAAAUUGACAAUUUUUCUGCAAAUCAAAUUUCCUAAUAAGGUAUUUACUUAUCAGAGUAGAAAAUUAAACUGAUAAUUUUCCAAAUACUGCUUGCUUACUAUCUGUGUUCAAGAUAAUUUGUAAUUUUUUUUUUUGAAAAUUGACAUUUUCUCCCUGCUUUAGUGACUUGAACAUGACGUGACAAAUUCUCAAAUGUAGUUUUUUCUGUGCUUUUAAGUGUGGUUGAUAACAUACCGUUGUAUGCUUAGAAACUUUGGCAAUAUCAGUACCGAUUUUAGGAGCCCCUGUUGCUUGCGUCUUGUCUAUCAUUUGCCUUGAUUUAGCAAACUUAAAUCAAGAGUACAACCAUUAUUUUAUGUGUCAUUCAGUUUGGUUCAUUUUCAACCCGUCGUAUGAACUUAAUAUAUUUCACAAGUCAAAUGAUGAAGUUCAGCAUCUGAGAAAAUUCUUUGUGUUAAUUUGUUAUCUUUUUAUCAGAUUUUAAUCUAAUCUAUGCAAUUGAUAAGAAAAUGCCUGUGAAACUGUAUUCUUAUUGGAGGAGUUCAUGCUCAUGGCGUGUGAGAAUUGCUCUCGCAUUGAAAGAAGUGAAUUAUGAAUAUUCUCCGGUACAUCUUGUGACCAAUGGUGGCGAACAACGCACUGACGAGUACAGGUCACUAAAUCCAAUGAAGCAAGUUCCAUCACUCAUCCUCGAAGGAAAAACUGUGACCCAGUCGAUGGCGAUCGUAGAAUUUUUGGAUGAAAAGUUUCCAAAACAAGGAGUUCGGUUGUUUCCUGAAGAUUUAACAACCAAAACAAAAGUCAGAGAAGUUUGUGAGAUUAUCAAUUCAGGAAUUCAGCCAAUUCAAAACUUGUCCGUCCUCCAACAGUUUGAUGACCAAGAGAAGAGAAUGGAGUGGGGACAUCUUUUUAUAGACAGAGGUUUUGUUGCUCUUGAAGCAUUCUUGAAGACAACUGCUGGCAAAUAUUGUGUCGGGGAUGUGUUGACAGCUGCAGAUGCUUUUCUUGUGCCUCAGGUUGGCAAUGCCCUUCGGUUCAAAGUUGACAUGUCAAAGUUUCCUAUAAUAGCGAAGAUUGAUGAAGAACUGAAGACUCAUAAAGCUUUCAUUGCAGCCCAUCCUACAAAGCAACCAGACUGCCCCGAAAAUUCUGGAUAGAUUAUGUUAGUGCAAGGGAAGAUUUGGGCGAGGGGGUAUCUUCAGGAAUUGAGCAAAAUAUAAACCGUAAUUUUAUAUGCUUAUUUUUACGAACCAUUUUUUAAAUGUUUAAUCACUAAAUCAACAAUGCCAAAAAUCCUAAUAUCAACGAUUAUUUUUGUUUUGAGUGACCCUCUUUAUAAGGAUAAAAAGCUAAGAGUCUCAUGCUUAGUGCCAUAGUAUUUGUCCAGCAAUUUGACACUUCCCAGUUCAUUAUAUUCGAAAUGGUUCUUGUUCAAGAAUACGUCAAAUUGAAAACCUUUUUUGAUUUUGUUUGGUUGAAGUAUGUUUUCUGUGAGAUAUGACUUUUGCCUCACUAGGGACAUGGUUUGGGAUAAAAUCCAAUUGGUGAUGGACAUGAGGGAGAGCAUUGUUAAACUCUUUAUUGCCAUCAGGUGGUUUGCUCAGUGAUUUUUCAUUCUGGCUUCUUCACGAACAGUUCUCUUCAUAUAUUGAACUGUGUAAUUCUUUGAAUGGUCCCUUUUUUUGGGUACUCCCGUAGUAUGUGUA